GACGCACAGCUGUGCAUUUUGCAUGUGAAGAAGGUCAUGUCAAGGUGAUGGAGCUGCUCAUAAAGAACAGAGCUGAACUCAAUGUGACAGAUAAGGAAGACAAGUACCCUGUUGAUGUUGCUGCAGGACUGGACAGAUAUACACAGUUCUUGUUGGAGACAGAAACACGGAAGCAGGUGGAGUACAGGGAGCUGGUUUCCUCUGCGGGGUCUGAGGAGAGGACAACAAUCAAACUGAUUCUCUGUGGAGAUGGGCAGGCUGGCAAAACGUCUUUGCAAGCAAUUCUGAGAAAGACAGGCUUCAUCGCGGGUGCUUUCUGGAACAUAAGGAGGCAGUUAAGACGAGAAGACGCUUUUAACCCCACCCCGGGGGUGCAUGUAUCCAGUAAAACAGUGGGAGGAUUCGGGAGACUCCGCCUGCAUGACUUUGCAGGACAGGCGCAGUUCUACGUCACACAUGCCAUGCUGCUCCGCACAACUAAUGCCAUCUUCCCUGUCAUCUACAAAAUCACAGAUGGAGAAGACAAACAGAAACGGCAGAUCCAUGGUUGGCUGAGUUUUAUCUGCUGCAGUAACACAGAUCCCACCUACAAACCCCGAGCUGUUCUGAUCGCCAGUCAUGUGGACAAGCUACAGGACCAGAAAGCAGGUCUGUGCCGGGCCACAGCUCUGGUAGACCACUACAAGGAACUGUUCCAGGAGUCACUGGUGGUGUCACAGGAGGUGUUCCUGAUGAACUGCCUGGAAGCGGGGUCUCGUGAGAUACAACGGCUCAGAGAGGUGCUGGCAGCAUUCAGGGACGACGUGCUAAAGCAAAGACCAAAGGUCCCGAAGGUCUGCAUUCAGUUGCUGGCAGGGAUUGAAGGGUGGAGGGAGGAAAGGAAGACGUUCCCAGUGAUGUCAUGGCAGGAAUAUUUGACAUCUAUUAAGCAUGCACAUGGCAUUUUCAAGGAACGUAUUGUACAGCUGGCGUCAUCUUACCUACAUGAUGAGGGGGAGAUCAUCUCCCUUCGCCAAGAACCCAACUCAUUGGUAGUGCUGGACCCCCAGUGGUUGAACACAUCGGUUUUUGGACCCCUCCUUGCUUCGAACAACUUCGACACGAUAAGAGACAAGAUAAACCGGACUGCCGAGGACCAUGUCACGCGUGAGGAGCUCACCCGUGUCUUUAGUGACAUUGCCGACAUCCCUCUGCUGAUUAAACUCCUCCAGGACUUCCAACUCUGCCAUACGCAUGACAGUCGCACCUUCAUCCUCCCCAGCCUGCUGCAAAAGGAGAUGGAAGAGUCAGCGUGGUCUCCCGUGUCCAACAAGGCUGUCUACUUUGGUUUGCAGAUCAGAUGCCGCACAGAAGUUGACAGCUUCUCAUGUGACCUGUUCCCACGGCUGCAGACGCUACUGAUGCAAGCACACCAGAACAGACUCAGCCAGCCUCUCCUGUGGAAAAACAGUGCCAAAUGUACCGAUGGGAAGGCUGAAGCACUACUGAAGAUCACAACGGACAAGAGGCAACUCAACAUUUUUGUCAGGAGCCAUGAUGGCAACAGGGAGGACUGCAACUCCAUUAUGGACAUCCUGAUAGACAUGACAUACCGCCUGCUGCACCAAACAAGCCCCGGAGCCAGGUCACGGGACAUGGUGCUCAGCGCCCUGGACCUCCGGGAACACAGAUCACAGCCUUAUGCCUACAGCAGGGAAGAGGUGUUGACAGCAUCAGCAAAGGGGGAGAACCUCAUUCAUCCUAGGAGGAACAUCCCAGAGAAGGUCAUGGAUCUCGUGCAUGAUCUCAGCAGCCUGGAAGGCAUGCGGGGGUGGGUGUUCCAGAAGAGGCCAGAGCUCAUUCAUCAUCAGACCAACGUCCCAGAGAAGGUCAAGGAUUUAUUGCAGCAACAACAGCAGCAGCAUCUUGGCAACCUGAAAGAAGGUCAGCAGAAGACUUGUGAAAGUCAGCAGAAGAUCUGAUCAAGCAGAACUACCCACUGCUGAAGAACAGGCUGCAGGUGUCAGACCUGUUCCCACAUCUCAUCCAGCUAGAGGGGCUUUCUGCAGAUCGAGGAGACGGAGGACAUCUACAUAAAAACAACCAGACAGGGGAAGGCGGAGACUCUCCUUGACCUCCUUAGUCACCAGGGAAGGUGCACCAGUGAUGAGUUUGUGGAGAUCCUCAGGAUUGGAAAUCAUGAUCAUAUUGUACCGUUAGGCCAAUUGAAAUGAAGGCCACGAGGGGUAGCUUCAGUUCAGUUACAUGUAUAUUAUAUGUUUACACUAUACUUCAUUCCACUAGAGUUGGCUAUGUGGAUAUUAGUUUCUUUGGAACAUUAAAGAUGACCAUAGUACUAGCAAACACCUAAAGUGUUACUCUGAGGCCGCCUGGGACUCACAUCCAUAUGUCUACAUUCAUAUUACUAGUACAAAAAAUAAAUGUUCACCAUUGAUCAUUUCUCUCUCACUGGUAGUGACAACGAAUUCCUUAGUUUUCUCAACUCAUGUUUGACUGUGUUUACUAGUACUUUGGAGGUUGCCAAACUCCUCAAAAUCACCCACAAUAUGACCACAAGUAAAAAACCAAGCAACUA